CAUCGAUGGCGCAGUCAAAGUACUUGUGCCUCUCACAACCAUGAAGAUCUUCUCACUCUCAGUUGUUCUCGCAUCCUCCUCAGGUCCUUGUUCAGUUCUUAGCUCUGCUUCAGAUGUCUCCAGUUUCUCGUUCUACCAGAGAGGUUCCGUCAGCGAGUUUUUGACGUUCUUCACCAAGACAGUCGUGGAGAGAACUCCUCAGGGCCAGCGCCAGAGCGUACAAGAGAACAAUUACACUGCACACGUGUACAACAGAGGUGGUGCCGAACAGCUUGCAGCUAUCAUUAUCACUGACCAGGAAUACCCCGUUCGACCUGCGUUCUCUCUUCUAACAAAGCUACUUGAUGAUUUCACUGCCAAAGUCCCUCAAUCUGCCUUCGGAAAUCCAGCAUCAAUAUCAUUUCCAGAGAUCCAGACCUAUAUUCAGAAGUACCAGGAUCCUCGGCAAGCUGAUACAAUUAUGCGAGUACAACAAGAGCUAGAUGAGACAAAGAUUGUUCUGCACAAGACCAUCGAAUCUGUUCUUCAACGUGGAGAGAAGUUGGAUAACCUUGUGGAGCGGUCGAAUGCUCUAUCCGUGCAGAGCAAGAUGUUCUACAAGACAGCUAAGAAGCAAAAUUCAUGUUGUGUGAUCAUGUAGACCAUGUUUUACUUUCCUCAUCCAUGUUUUCUCUGUGUGGCGGUUGUUGUUACGUCAAACCGGCAAAUUAGUAACACAUCCGUUAGUUCUAUGUUUCACUUGUUGCGAUCGCAUGCCACGUCAGUGUGGCAAGUAUGUUGACGGGCCAUUGCUUAUCAUCAUCGACCAAGUGAAUCAUUGAGUUCAUGCUGCGCCUGGAGAUGAGGCCGACUUAGUCUAACAAUUAGAACAAUACAGCAUAAAUUCUGGCU